AUGGACAAGGGCCUCCGCCAACCUGAGCCGACCGCGGUCGACAAGGCCGCUGCCGAGCUCAACUUCGCCCGCGCCGACGCCGAGAGGGGCGGCUCGACGGGAUACAGCGCCUGGUUCGGCGGGCGCAACACAAAGGUCGGGCCUAGGAUAGCACCCGUGCAGGAAGGCCUCGUCGACGGCUCCGACAGCGAGGCGAGCGCCGAUGCGAUUCUCGGCAAGCAGCUCGCCGAGGAGGACGGUCAUGCCAUCAAGUACCGGACGUGCAGUUGGCAGAAGACUGCCGGUCUCUUGUUUUCCGAGUACAUCUGCUUGGCUAUCAUGAGCUUUCCGUGGUCUUAUAGCAUUCUUGGACUCGUACCGGGUCUUAUUCUUACAGCUGUCGUUGCCCUGAUCGUCCUCUACACCUCCUUGAUCCUUUGGCAGUUCUGCUUGAGACACCCCGAAGUUCGCGAUGUUUGUGACAUUGGCCAGAUGCUAUUCUGGGGUAAGAAGUGGGCGUGGUAUGCGACUGCGGUCAUGUUCAUCCUGAACAACACGGUCGAAUCUAGGGUCUCCACGUGCUGGUUGGCGCAAAGUAUCUCAACACCAUGA